AGCUCUCACUCCACUCUUAAGUUUCAUUUGUGUCAAAGUGAAAGUGUUUCUGAUUCAGGAGAGAUGGCGCAGAAAGCAGUCGACACAGAAGCCUUUUCCUGCUCCGUGUGUUUGGAUCUACUGAAGGAUCCCGUGACUAUUCCCUGUGGACACAGCUACUGCAGGAACUGUGUCCAACAGCACUGGGACCAAGAGGACCACAAGAGGCUCUACAGCUGUCCUGAAUGUCGCCUCACCUUCAGCCCCAGACCUGCCCUGGUCAAAAACGUCCUGUUAUCAGGUGUAGUAGAACAACUGAGGAAGACUGACAAAGUGCAGCUCACUCUGGAGGAGGGUCUGACCAACGUCUCACAGGCUCUGAGUCGUGUGGAUGUUUUACUGUCACCAGCUGAACCCAGCUCCAGAGAGGACUUCUUACAAUACUCUACAGAAAUCACUCUGGACACAAACACAGCUCAAAUCAAACUGUCUCUGUCUGAUGGAGACAGAAGAGCAACAGUUAUGACUGAACGCCAGAGUUAUCCUGAUCAUCCAGACAGAUUCAAUUACAGUAUUCAGGUCCUGAGCAGAGAGGGUCUGACGGGCCGCUGUUACUGGGAGGUGCAGUGGAGCGGGAAGUGGGUCUUUAUAGCAGUUUCAUACAAGGAUAUUCAGAGAAAAGACUCUGAUGAAUGUGUCUUUGGAAACAAUGAUAAAUCCUGGGCCUUACGCUGUAACAAAACAAGUUAUUCAUUUAUAUUUAACUCAGUCGUGUCCCAGGUCUCAGGUCCAGUCUCGUCCAGAAUCGGGGUUUACCUGGACCACAGUGCAGGGGUUUUGUCGUUUUACAGCGUCUCUGAAAGUACCAUGAGCCUCCUCCACAGAGUCCAGACCACUUUCACUCAGCCUCUCUACACUGGGGUGUGUUUCUACUGGAGUCCUGGAGCGACUGUACAUUUCCCUAAACUCAAAUAGCAGCUUUGUUCUCCACAGUCAGAAUAAUUUUAUUAUCCCAUAUUUGCUAAAUACUUGUGUGAUAUUCUAUGCCUAUGAGUUAACCAUUUAUGUACUACAAUUCUUUGAUUUAUAAUGUACCAAUCACUUGUCACUUGUUGAAUAACCUCUGUGUGUUUGACAACUGUGUGCAGUGUCCUAUCACUCUUGUGAACCUCGAGAUGAUUCCUAAAGUAUUAAAGUACCUGUUUAAAAUGUACUUAAAGAGUAAAAAGUAAAAGAAGAUCACAAAGACUUUGAGCUUCUCAUAUAUAUUCAAAUGUAGUGAUUUUGAUAAAUAUUUGUGUUAAAUUUGUUCAACAGAAACAAUAGAAUCAGUCAUUUUU